AUGGCAAUGCAAGAAGAAGGAUUUUUCAAACUAUGGCAGGGACUCACACCAGCUUUCUACAGACAUAUAGUUUAUACUGGGGGCAGAAUGGGUUCAUAUGAAUAUAUCAGGGAAAACAUACUAGGAAAAAAAGAGGAUGGUUCGUUUCCAUUGUGGAAAGCUGUUAUAUGUGGUAUGGCGGCGGGUGGUCUAGGUCAAUUUUUUGCGAGUCCUACAGACUUAGUUAAAGUACAGAUGCAGACAGAAGGUAGAAGACGUCUUGAAGGAAAAUCGCCAAGGGUGAAAUCAGCAAGUAACGCAUUCAAAAAAAUUUUACAACAAGGGGGAAUCCGUGGUCUCUGGAAAGGAUGGGUGCCGAAUGUACAAAGAGCAGCUCUGGUCAAUUUAGGAGACUUGACAACGUAUGAUACAGUGAAACAUUUUGUAUUAAACAACACAAAUCUCAAAGACAGCUGGCUAGUCCACUCCAUGGGCAGUGGCUGUGCUGGUCUCAUUGCUGCUCUACUCAGUACGCCAGCAGAUGUCGUCAAGACGAGAAUUAUGAAUCAGCCAACAGAUAGCCACGGCAGAGGAUUACUGUAUAAAUCAUCUAUUGAUUGUCUUUUACAAGCGUAUAAAAAUGAAGGAUUCUUUGCACUCUAUAAAGGGUUUAUACCAACAUGGGCACGAAUGGCACCAUGGUCACUAACAUUCUGGCUGUCAUAUGAACAAAUCAGAAAAAUGAUGGGGGUGAAUUCGUUUUAAAGUGCCAUAAUAGUGUUGAUAGACAAUUCAUGUGACAUCAUGAAACUUAGGAUGCCUGGGCAAACGAGUCUGUCCAUCCUUUUUUUUUUUUGAGAAGAUAUUUUUAUAAUUAUACAAGGUGCAAUGGAGGACCAGGACCUUUAUUGCAGUAUGUUUUAUAGAGAUGUAGUUUUGUAUAGUGGAUGUGUUAAUGGUGGACCAUAUCCAGACCUGUUGGAAUUACUAACAUGAUCAGUACUACAGUGAAUUGGUAUGAAAUGACACUAUUAUGGACCAAUACUGCAUAGGAGUGCAUGCGCCAAUACGACAAGCAACCACCAGUGUUCACGAAAGCGCUAUGAUGCAGCCUUGUCAUUCCGAUAUACAUAUAGUGAAACCUCUGUAAUAAUUUGAAUAGAACGUUGUUGAAAACGAGGGGGCCCCCCCGAACUCCGUAGAUUUCUCCAUUUACAUAUCACAAGCGUUUUGUUCUAUUACCUAAAUGUAUAUAGAGACUGUAUAGAUUAGAUAAUCGGCUUCAGUCGUACCCAUCGUCGCAUUACCACUUAGAUAACAGGGCAUUCUUCAUAUAUUGAUCCAGUAUUUCAAUAGACAAAUCUGCCAAUGGAUUUCUUGGAAUGGUAGUAUACACUGUCCCGAAAUGCUCCACACAUUUAUUUUGAAAAAUGACAUACUUUAUAUUGAAAAAUGAUAAACACUUUGACUUGACAACCCAUCCCUCUCUUUCCUGACUGUGUGUAGAGAUCUUGGUAAUUUUAAAUUCUUUGUGUUCUACAUAUAAAUGUGGAAUUUGACUUUAUUCCCUAAAUGCAAAUGGUAUUGCUUGUAACUGCUUGAUACUAAGGUUUCCACAUAACAAUUAAAUAGUUUGAGGGGUCAAUUUGCACUAUAUCAUGUCGUCCUAGAAUUACAAGUGCUGUAUAUAUAUUGUUAAAAGCUUUAGUUAUAGUCCUGUGAGGGGGAGGGGUACAAUGAUUUAUUUUCCCUUCUGAAAAUUGAUAUUUUAGGUCACUCACGGUAUGUAAUGGACCCCCCCCAAUGUUUGGUGCAUUCAUAAUGAAAAAGGUGGUUUGAGUAAAAAAAAAAAAAAUAGCAAUAAAGUGCAUGUAUAUUUGUUUUAAUAUUUUUAGUUAAAACAAGUGUCUACUUCAUUGAAUUUGUUUUGCACCCUGAUAAAGUGGGUGUGGUCAUUUCUCACACAAUACACUGCCAUGUGUGCAACAGGUGUUCAUGAUUGUCCAUGGU